AAAGCUCUAAGUUAUUAUGUUCAUAUCAUAAGUCCCUCUAUAGAGAUGCAAGUAUGCUCUACACUCGCCUUAGAAAUGAGCAUCUUGUGUAUCAGAAAACAUCUGACUAGUGAUCCAUGCUACGGUCCUCUUUAUUAUGAGAUGCCAGUCUUAAUUGAUAAUCUGUGCUUGAGACUUUUUCAUGCCUAUGGUUGGCUAUUUGUUGUCUCGCUUGAUUAUUCAGUUGAGGCUAAUCUCAUGAUAUGGUAGGCUCCCGGCCAGUGUGGUAUCAGAGCCUCAGCUUAAAGCGGGGGUGCAUAUGGUAUGAAUAUGAUAGAAAGAGUGAGUAAGAAAGGAAUCCACAUAUCCAUGGAUACACCAGAACCAACUUCUCAACCCAUCACUCUCACCUCAGCCUUGUCUCUUCCAAGAUCACGUAAAAAGACUGAUUCCCAUAAGAUCAUGUAUUUAUGUGAAAUUUUUCUUUACUUGACGUUAAAUUUGUUAUAUAUAGAUAAAAAAUUCUAUGUGGCUAUCUUUUGUUCCAGCUAAAUAGAGUGUGUCUGCCCUUAUUUAGACAAUGUUCCAGUUAGCAAUUAACGGUUCAUAACUCAAGGACAGAACUCAUGUCAACCAUAACUUUGGCCUCUAUUUUGACUUGAUCAAGACCCAUUUAGCAUCACAUAAAUACAUGAUUUCCAUUGAUAUCUUCCUAGUUUCCUAUAUUGUUCAAAUUUAAUUCCUUGUGGGAAGAAAAUCCCCACCCUCUUCAGUCAGGCAUUAAAAGUGCUUUAGGCAAACAUUUUAAUCAAAGAGUUGGGGCCUGAAAUUCCAAGGGUUAAUCUAACCUAUUGAAUCCCCAAUGGAACGAAAGGAGCAGAAGCCUAAGAUGUCUGUGCCACAAUUUGGAGGGUGGGAAAAUAAGUCAAAAGGAGUGCCUACUGACUACUCGAUGGUGUUCAACAUUGCGCGCGAAAACAAGAAGAAUCAUAAAACAGACUGGUCGGAAGUCAAGCGUCGUCUCAGCAUUAGCAAUGAAAGGGUUGCCACCAAUGCUACGAAUCAUCGUCAUGGUCAUGGGCACGGUCAUGGUUUUGGACAUAAUCACCAUCAUCAUUCUCAUGCAGAUUCUCCUGUCAUGGGGAGAAGUAAUGCUUUGAGUUACAUGAAUUGCUGUCUUAGGCCUUGAUAUUAUAAGAACAAAAACCACUCCUUCAUUUUUGGACUUAUGCUAUUAAAUGUACUAGGAAUCUACGACUUUGUAAUAAUAUCGCAUAUAAAUAUACGGCAAAAGUUCAUUAAUUAAAAAUGUAGUGUAUUAAAUAUCAUUUGAAGUUUUGAACUCUUUAUUGUUUA